UCGAAUCGAGUGUCGAUGCGUUCCGUCCCCGUCCCCGCCUCCGCCCCCGCCCCUGUGACCGCGGUCCCGCCCCGUGUCCCCGCCCGCAGCGUUUCUCCGGGAGCGGGAGCGGGAUCGAGCCAGAGCGGAACCGGGAGGAUGGCGUUCGGUAAAAACCCCAAAGACCCGUUCAGCUGCUGCAUCGGGAAACUGAUCGACAACGCAACUGUCGGAACACAGCCGGCGGCGGACUGGUCCCGGUACAACCACAUUUGUGACCUCAUCAACUGCAGUGAGGAUGGACCCAAGGACGCAGUGAGAGCUCUGAAGAAACGGAUGAUGGGAAAUCGUAACCACAAAGAGAUCCGGCUGGCACUGGCACUGACCGACUGCUGCGUGGGGAAGUGUGGGCCGGCCUUCCACUCCCGCCUGCUCAGGAGGGACUUCACCCGGGACGUGUUGGUCAAGCUGCUGAAGCCCAAGUACAACCUCCCCGCGGACAUUCAGGACUACAUCCUCAACAUGAUACAGUUCUGGGCAAUCACCUAUCAGGGUCCAGCGGACGUCAGAGACGUACAGGGUCUCUACAUGGAGAUGAAACAGAAAGGGCUGAUAUUCCCAGCUCCAGCCCGGGGACCCCCGAGAAUCAGAGCGGAUCGAGUUGCGGCCUCGUUACCUCGGCCGCGUCCAACCGCGCCUGCCGUGAAGCCUGCAGCCUCCCGUGCCCCCCUUCCCGGCAACAUCAUCACCCUGGUGCCAGAGCAGGUGGCCAAGUUACACAGCGAGCUGGACGUGGUGAACAUGAACCUCAACGUCAUGUCGGCCAUCCUGACAGACAGCACUCCCGGCCUCGAGAAUCCCGACGACAUGCAGCUCCUCCAGAAGCUCCACACCACGUGCCGGGCGAUGCAGGAACGCAUCGGCCUCCUGUUGCUCCAGGUCGACCACCAACAGCUCAUCGACUGCCUUUUGUCCACCAACGACCGGCUGAACAAGGUCUUCCUGCAGUAUGAGAGGUUCCAAUGCAGCAGAACGCGGAUCCAGUGGACAGAGAAGGCAGCUGCAGACACACCCAAGGUCCUGCCUGUGGGUCCUUCUGCGCCACGCUACACUCCCGAUCUGAUCAGCUUUGCGUGUCCAGAAUCAGCACCACUCUGCACAAACGUGAAUGUGGUGAACCCCAGCAUGCGGGACAGGGCUCUCCCUGAAGUCCCCUCACCCAACAGCGUCCCAACUCACCAACUGCAACCCAGCCAGAGUUUCACCGGCAAUACUCCUGAAUCUCUGUACAGCAACGUGGACUCGCAGGGGACUGAGCUGCUGGCGGCCCCCACACCUGGUCCCUCCCACACCGAGCGGCCCUGGGAGCACACAGCUACAAGCCAAUCGGAGCCUUCGAAGACUGUUGGGCCUCAGCUGAUUAGACUGGAGUUUGACCCUCUGGCUAACUUGAACUCCAGCUUCAACUCUGAAGCUAUUUAUGAAGAUUUGGACUCUAUUUUAAACAAAGCCCGGACCUGACGAAGACAACAAUUAGUGAGGAUCGCUUCUUCUGGUAUCGGAGACGGUGUAGGGGUCGGAAACGAGGGCGAACUGAGAACACGGGAGUGGAGCAGGCAGAUGUUGAUGGGGAGCCAAUGGCAGAUGCACUGGAGCCGGACAUUCUCUGAUGCUGUUGAUUCACUUGGUCUUGGGGUGAAAUUUACCUCACCACCACCACUCUUCAACACGAGUGGCAGGAAGCUUGGCAAACCUCUCUCUCUGGGAAAAGACUGCUUCCCACUCACACAGCGAGACCCACUGAUAACAUAUCUCAUCACUGCUGCCAAGACCACACAUCCCAGUAGAUAAAUAUGUAAUGUAAAAUAGUUGUGGAAUUGAAAUCUGUUCAACAUCUUUCACAUCAGUUUAUAGAUUAAGAAUUAACCAUUCCAAGUGAAAUUAACAGAACUUCCAAACUCCAAGACAGGGAAUCUACUCUUUUAGAAAAGAGUUCAGAAGAGUGAGGGACGGGUGAAAGUGAACAGAUCAGAGACCAUUCACUGGGGGAUGGUCCCACAGACACACUGACCCUCACUGGGGGACAGUCCCACACACACACACUGACCCUCACUGGGGGAUGGUCCCACAGACACACUGACCCUCACUGGGGGGACAGUCCCACACACACACUGACCCUCACUGGGGGAUGGUCCCACACACACACUGACCCUCACUGGGGGGACAGUCCCACACACACACACUGACCCUCACUGGGGGGACAGUCCCACACACACACUGACCCUCACUGGGGGACGGUCCCACACACACACUGACCCUCACUGGGGGACAGUCCCACACACACACACUGACCCUCACUGGGGGACGGUCCCACACACACACUGACCGUCACUGGGGGACAGUCCCACACACACACACUGACCCUCACUGGGGGGACAGUCCCACACACACACUGACCCUCACUGGGGGGACAGUCCCACACACACACACUGACCCUCACUGGGGGGACAGUCCCACACACACACUGACCCUCACUGGGGGGACAGUCCCACACACACACUGACCCUCACUGGGGGGACAGUCCCUCAAUCAUUUCUUCCAAGUAGGUUUUGCGAAUGUAAACAAUAUUGUAUUGCCAGAGUGGUUCCAGGAUUAACAAAUGGUUUGCAACACACACAAAAUGCUGGAGGAGCUCAGGACCGAGGAAGGACCUCGGCCCGAAAUGUCGACUGUUUACUCUUUUCCAUAAAUGCUGCCUGGCCUGCUGAGUUCCUCCAGCAUCUUGUGUGUGUUGCUUGGAUUUCCAGCAUCUGCAGAUUUUCUCUUGUUUGUGAUGAAACUAAUGGAUACUAUUGAAAUGAGGUUGUGGUAGUAUGUGGAACUGUGUGAGGAAUUGAUGUGUGAGGGGAUUGGACACAUAAAGUUUAAAACAAUGAUUUUUUAAAACCAUGGAUGUUUCAUGUAUUUAUUAAUAAUCUAACAUCUCUCGUUCUCUCUGGUUGUCUUGUGGGCUUUUGUCUUCUUAGUUUUUUGACAGUUCAUCCUUUUCCUUCAUUCGCUGGCAUUGGAGAAAGUCCAGAGGAUAUUCAUGGGAAUAAUCUCGGGAAUGAAAGGGAUUUCAUGAGGAAUGUUUGAUGGGUCUGUACCUUACUCACUGGAGUUUAGACAAAUGAGGGGAAUCUCACUGAAACCUAUCGACAAUUGAAAGUCCCAGACAGAGUGGAUGCGGAGAGGAUGUUUCCUAUAGAGGAGGAAUCUAGACCAGAGGGCACAGCCUC